UAUUUUUUGUCAUUUACGUCAGUGUUUCGGAACUCGAGCUCGAUUGAUUUCUGAUCCUUCGGUACAAUAUAAUAAACCACAUCAUGGCGAAAGGUGUACCAGUGGAUUUGGAGUUAAAAAGAGCGUUUGGAGAAUUACACGAGAAGAUGAUCGAAACUACAAAAAAGAUCCAUAGCUUGGAUACACAAAUAGUGGUAUUUAAGCGCCAGUUGGAGAUUGCUGAACUAUCUGAGCAUGAGAUUUGUAAUUUACCCCGUGGAGUAAAAAUUUAUGAAGGCGUAGCAAGAAUGUUUCUCCUCACCGAACCCCAUGACAUAGUGAGAGAUAUAAAAUGCCGUCAAUUUAAAUUAAACGAUCGCAUAACUGAAUUCACAAACCAUAAAAAAUUUUUAGAGAUGAACCUAAGAGAUAGCACAAACAACCUCAGAGAAAUGGUUCAGCACAGAAAAGAACUAAGUGAAUUUGAAGCGCAAGGCCAUAAAGCUAAUUGAAACUAAUAAAAAAAAGUAAAAUGUUUUAUUGUGUAACCGAAUAAAUAUGUAUCAAUCUUGAUAACAAAUUGAUUGUACUAACAAAAGAAAUAAAAGCUUCUUUUAAUAAAAAAAUAUCCAAUUACA